ACUAGAGCUGGAAAAAAGCGGAUCCUAUGUAGACAACACCAGAGGGGAGGGCAGGUGAGCCCACGGAGGUACUAAUGUAUAGAGUGCAUUUCCAGUUCAGUGCCAGCAGCGGCACAUCCUAGGCAUCUCCUAUCACGUAUUUGGCUACAGCUCUGCCAAAAAACAAGCUCAGUCGCGCGCCAACUUGCCGGCGGUAGCUGACCCUUAAGGUGCAGACGCGAGGACAGGGAAAAGGGGGGUGAGGGGAGAGGGGCGCAGGAAUCGGGACUAAAGACGACCGACUUCGCUGAGAAGACACGCAUGAAUAGACUUAAGGCAUAUUUCAAAUAAACACAAACAGAACGGGAUGGCAAAAGAGACUAAAGGAAGAGCUGCUGCACGCAAGUACAGCGCCUCCCACUGGAGGAUGCAGAGCAUUGCACAAGAGUCCAUCGACAGCUCUGAUGAUGAGUUUUUCGACGCCAGAGAGGUGCUGGAGGGAAAGAGCGCAAUGCUGCUGGGGAUGAGCCAGUGGAACUCCAAUGACCUGGUGGAACAGAUGGAGACCCUGAGCCACAUGGAGCGCUCACAAGAGAGCCUGUACCGCCUGGCUCGCCCUCGCUGUCCCCCACAGAGCAGCAUAGAUGGGUUGGAGGAUAUGGAGAGGAAGUGUAAGACGCACCUGCUGGUUCUGGUGGUCCACGGAGGCAACAUCCUGGACACGGGGGGCGGGGACCCGGGGACGAAGGCGGGCGACGUGGCGACGCUGGCGUCGGUGCUGGAGAAGGUGGCGCAGGCCCACUUCCAGGCCGUCGCCGAUCACGUGACCAUCAAGCUGGUCCCCUGCCCCGCCGUGUGCGCCGAGGCCUUCUCUCUCGUCUCUAACCUAAACCCGUACAGUUAUGACGAGAGCUGUUUGUCGAGCAGUGUGGACCACCUGCCCCUUGCUGCGCUGCCCCUGCUGGCCAUCGCUGCCCCCCAUUACCAGGACGCCGUGGCAACCGUCAUUGCACGAGCCAACCAGGUCUACCACAGCUUCUUGCAGUCCCAGGAUGGACAGGGCUUCAUGGGGCAGGUGUGCCUGAUCGGCGACUGCGUCGGGGGCGUCCUGUGCUUCGAUGCCCUGUGCUUCAGCGGCAGCCAGCGACACGGUAGCCCGGGAAACAACAGCAGGAACGACAGCACAGAGAGCUUGAAGGAUAACUCGGGGCUUCUGGGAGAUGCCAGUCCCAGCCUGAGUUCCAGCAAGCGACUCAGCAAAAGCAACAUCGACCUCUCUGUACCCAGCGACAGCGCAGCCAUGUCCAGACGCCCCCUCUGCCGGAAACAGAGUGACUCCUCCCCCAGCCAGCACAACGUCUUCUUCAGCAGCCUGUUGCAGGAAGAGGAUAGUUUACGUCCAGGCAGUAACUCCAGUCUGGUACUAAACCCAGGUCACUUUGACUUUGAGGUUUCUGACUGUUUUCUGCUGGGCUGUCCAUUGGGGCUGGUCUUGGCUAUGAGGAGAACUGUGCUCCCUGCUGUGUCAGCAACCCAGCUCCGUCCUGCCUGCUCCCAGAUCUUCAACCUUUUCUUCCCCUCGGAUCCAUCAGCCUCCCGGCUGGAACCCCUGCUGCACCCCCAUUUCCACCAGCUGCCCCCCUUCGCUGUACCCCGCUACCAGCGCUCCCCACUGGGGGACGGCCGCUCCACUCUUAUAGCUGAUGCCAUCCACAGCAGCCCAGCGGUGUUCCUGGGCGGGGGCUCCAGAGCGCCGGGCCUGCCUCCCCCCACCCCCCCGGAGCUGGGCGGCGGCGGCGGGGGGAGAGAGGGGGCCGGGCAGCGCAGACCCAGUCAGGCCAGCAUGGACAGCGAGGCGUUUUCCGAGAGCCAGCUGGCCAGCAGCAUCGCUAACAUCUCUGGGACAUGGUGGGGGUCCAAGCGGCUGGACUACGCUCUGUACUGCCCAGACGUUCUCACGGCCUUCCCCACCGUGGCGCUGCCCCAUCUAUUCCAUGCCUCCUACUGGGAGUCCACUGACGUCGUGGCCUUCAUGCUCAGACAGGUAAUGCGGUGUGACAGCCUGACAGCACGGGAGGCAGACGGCUCGGACUCCGCCCCCUUCUCUCCCUCCGGCCCCCGAGAGAAGUGGCUCCGCAGACGAACUCACGUCAAGCUGCGGAAUGUCACUGCCAAUCACAGAAUCAAUGAUGUCAUCGCGACGGAGGACGGCCCACAGACGCUGGUUGGCAGGUUCAUGUAUGGACCACUGGAUAUGGUGACCCUGACUGGCGAGAAGGUGGAUAUUUUGCUGAUGACCCAGCCCCCGUCCGGCCGGUGGGUGCACUUUGACACUGAGGUGACCAACAGCAGUGGCCGGGUGACCUACACCAUUCCGCAGAACAAGAGGCUGGCUGUGGGGGUGUACCCCAUCAAAAUGGUGGUCAAGGGAGACCAGACCAGCGCGGAGGCCUUCCUGACGGUGCUCCCGCGCGGGAUGGAGUGCGUGGUGUUCAGCAUUGACGGAUCCUUCGCCGCCAGCGUCUCCCUCAUGGGCAGCGACCCCAAGGUCCGCCCGGGAGCGGUGGACGUCGUCAGGCACUGGCAGGACCUGGGCUACCUGAUCAUCUACAUCACGGGGCGGCCGGACAUGCAGAAGCAGCGCGUGGUGUCCUGGCUCUCCCAGCACAACUUCCCCCAGGGCAUGGUCUUCUUCUCCGAGGGGCUGGUGCACGACCCGCUGCGCCAGAAAACCAUCUUCCUGAGAAACCUGGUGCAGGAGUGUCACAUUAAGAUCGGCGCUGCCUACGGGUCCAUGAAGGACAUUUCCGUUUACAACAUGCUGGGCCUGAGUCCUUCACAGAUCUACAUUGUGGGAAGACCCUCCAAGAAGUACCAGAAUCAGUGCCAGUUCCUGAGCGAGGGGUACGCAGCGCACCUCUCCUCCCUGGAGUUUGGGCACCGGGCGCGGUCCAAAAAGACCUCCUCCACUCGAAUGGUCCUCCGUAAGGGCUCCUUCGGCCUGACGGCCAAACCGGACUUCCUGUGCAAGCGGACCCACCUGCGCAGGACCAUGUCCGUGCAGCAGCCCGACCCGCCCUCUGCCCCCAACCCCAAACCCGAGCGCGCCCAGAGCCAGCCCGAGUCCGAGCCCAAGGACCACGGGGGCGGGGCCGGAGGGGGCGGGGCGCAAAGCACCUGGGUACGGGGGAACACGCUUCGGGGGGACACCACUCCCUGACAGAGGGAAAGAGAGGGAUGACGGGCGAGAGGGAAGGGCGCGACAGAGCCUCCCAGGGUCCAGGGCCAAUGUGAGUCCUCCAAAUAUGUGUCCUCAACUCCAGCCUCAUCCUUGAUUUCCUUUCCUGUCUCUGUCACUGUUGGUCAUCUGAGCCAUUCUGUCAUUAUUACACACUACCCUAGUCUCGGAGGAAUCAGGGAGAGCGUUUGUCUUUGGGUGUGCUGGAACCUCUCGGAAAGUGGGAAUGCUUACCAUGAUUUGACUUGAUUUUUGCAUUAUGUUGUGAUGCAUGAGGGUCAGACUGGAUGAAACAGCCACCGCAGGGAGCGUCAUUUGUAAACCAGACGGAGAGCGGCCCCUCGGGUCGACAGAAAGAGGAUCGGUCGGCACAGUCUGCACACACAGUGUCUUAUAAAUAUUAAUGUGGGAAUCUGUGCCAAUGCUGCUAUUAUUAACAACAAAGACUUGUUUUCAAAGACUGCCCGCAUUCUAUUUUUUUUUUCAUUUUGAGGCAAGGGUUCUGCAUAAAUGUUCUUCUUUUUGUACUGCAAUUUCACUGAUUAAAGCUUUUAAAGUGGUUGUAUGGCUGUGGGCCUCAGCCGAGUGCUUGUGACGCAGAUUCAGAAUGAAAAUUUUGUGAAUGACCUCAGAGGACGAGUCGUUAAAAAACCAUCUGUAAGAUGUAGAAAAAAAGAGAUUCUAGUUAUUGUAAAAAGGUCAGCUCUGAUUAUGUGUGAUGUUAUGAGGUAGAAUAUUAAACUGUUAAUUCUGUUUUCUUUUCCUUUGCAGCAAUGGUACCUAAAUGGAACAUAUAUUUAUUUUGUCAAUUAUUUUAUUUUAUCUAAUGUGCUAUUAAAUGAAUAAUAUGGACAUGGAGGGGCUUGUGCUAAAACAGUCUUUUGCCAUGGAUUAUUUACCAAGAGUUGAGAGACAUUAUGAUCCAGAUAUCCUGGUUUGAAACCCUAGCAAUGCUUCAGUGUUAGCAACUAGACCACUAAAGCCCACCCUUUGGAUGCAAACCUCAGGGACCAAUUAGGCGCUUUCUCUCCGUCCCUUGAAGCAACGUGGGAGGGACUUGGAUGACUCUCCACUAGAUACAAAAAGAGAAAGAAAUGAGAUGGAAAGGAGGAAUGGGACUGAGAUGAAACAAAAGAUUGGAAAUAAAUAUCCUCUGAAGAACUCCCCCAAAGCUGAGGCCUGGGUGUGGACUGCUGGAAAGUAUUGCUGGAGAGAGAGAGAGAGACAGAGAGUCUGGCUCAUUGGCCUAAAAUCCACGUCUGUCCCACACAACCUGCCCUGCUGAACGAAGGCACUUCUGACUCCUGCAAUAAUAAUCUCAUGUACAGAAAUACUAAUGUCUAUAUAUGUAUAUAUUUUAAAAAAGGGUUGCUCUUCCCUGUGGCCUGCUUGCUCUCGGGUUCAAUUCAUGAACAUAAACUUCUUGUUUUUGUGCUGGACUGUCCGAGUUUUGUGCAUCUGCUAGGUCAGUAGGGCAUUGUACAAUAAAUGGAUUUUCUCCAGUGGAUAUGAAGUGUCUCAACAUCGCACCCUCAGGCCCUCGGGUUUUCAGUGCCAGACGUUUUUCCCCCAUCGAUGACGCAGGCACCGCAUUUGCACUUGUGUCAGCACUCUAGCCACUGUUCCAUUAUUUCACAUACUUGAACAUGAUCCUGGUCAUUACCAGGCAAUGAAACUCAUCUGGCUCCAUGACAUCACAAUGGGAGCUCUAACAUCACGCAGUAGGAGCGCUGAGUGUUAUUCACUCGAUUAAUUCAGAGGAUUAUUAUUUUUUACAUUUUUUGGAUUUGUAUUUCCAAAGUGGACAUCUAUGGAAGAGUUCAAUAAAACUACAAGACUUAUCACAUGUUAGGACACAAAAAAAAGUCAUGUCAUGGCAGAGCAAUGUUUUUUUUUUCAUGUAUGUAAUACUGGUGCAUGAGGUGCAGAAUACCUGAAGACUUCUGUAAUACUGGAGUGUGUCAUGUAGACUAAAUAAGACGAAGUUGUGCCUCUGCAUUGUUAGGGAAUGUGUUUGAUAAUAGGUGGGGAAGAUACUUUCAAAGGAACAGUUGUAAAGCUGCAAAGACUGCUGAGAAUUUUAGGCUGUGUAGCUAUGUAGCUAGUGGACAGUUUGAAUCCUUACUGUGUUAUGUUCCGUUCCUUCUGGGGGCAGGGCAAGGAGGGGGGUUAGGCUGGGUGCUCUCCUGUUAGCUCACACUUAUUUUUCUAUGAGGAAACCCCCUUGUAAAUACCUGUCUAUAUUUGAACAAAAAGGUGUUUUUGAAGUGGUGUUUAACUUGUCGUCAAACUGAUAUUUUUGCCUUAAACAGUGUUUGAUGUCCAGGAAGUGCAAAGUCAACAUGUUAUUAUCCUUAUUGCUUGACCAAAGUCUUAGUUUUACCUCCAUGAAAGAGUGCAGUGCAUCCUUGAAACGCUAUUUUUCUGUAUUUCAUGUUCUUACAUGUGAGGUAUAUAUAGUCUAUAUGAAUAAAUUCACACUUGUGUGUUUACAAACCAAUAGUUUAUAUAGGAGCCACUUUAACUGAUGCAUUAAGUACUGGUGGUAAACAGCAAGCAGUGUAAACGUGAAUGUUUUUUGGCUGUUUAAAUGUUUUAUCUCUAUACUCAUUUUAUAAUGACAGUGAAAGCUGGCACAUACAUGUUGGCUGUUUUAUAUAUAUAUAUACACAAUAAACACACAAGUACAUAUCAAAUAUUUUAAAAAUAAAUUCCCGUAUUUGUCCAGAGAGAGGUGCUUAAACUGUGGCAAGGUCUCAAUGGUUAUUCAGAAAUUAAAAUGAUUAAAAAUAACCCAACAAUAGGGUCCAAUCCUGUUGCUCAGGUGGGACUAAUUUGAUUUGAUUCCAGAGAUACAGCAGGAGUUAUACUAGGAUGUUAUUCCAGGGUUUCAAUAGAGAAAGGGGGAAAAAGCAUAAUUCUAUUCACGCAUGGAUUUUCUGUUCUGCUUAAGACUCCUGCUCCAGAUAAUGUCAUUAUUUGGUUUUCAAAAUAUCAUCUGGUAGGUACUUUAAAAUCAAAUUAAUUUUUUACAGGUUGGUUAGCUGUGCAGGGUUGAGAAAUAUUGGUUUGUACACUAUGGUGCGGAUUUUAAUUGUGACGUUUUGGUUUUCAAUAAAAGUACGUCAAUAAAAAUGAAGGGGAGAAAAGAAA